AUGUACCGUACAGCUGUUCUCCUCUUGGUCCUUCUCUCCACUUCAACUGUUCUCUCUUUCGUUGCUCCACCAUCUCAAGCAACAUUGGCAUGUAUCACUUGUAUUGCGACAGUUAAAGGAUUGGAACCACGUGUAUUGGCUGAAGGUGAUGAUGUGGCAAAGCAUGAAGUGGAAACUCUUUGUUUGAAAGAAGCCCCAACUCCAGCUGCUGAGAAAUCAUGUGAAGAAUAUGGAGAUGAUGAGAUUGAAGUUAUUAUCAGUCUAAUUAAGCAAGAUGUUCCACCAAAGACCAUUUGCCAACAAUUGAAAAAAUGCUAG